GUACUACAGUGUUGCCAGCCUGUUGCUGAGAAGAGAGGAGGGACGCUGUCUGGUUGUCUGGGAAAGAGAUUAAGCAGACAGCGCUUCCCAGAAACCCAUUACAGUGCAGUUGAACUGUAGGGCUAUGAAUGCUUCUGAUAAAAUUCAUGAAGUACAGCGUGCCCUUCACAGGGCUAAGCUAAAAAUAACUAGAUUAAAAGGGGAACCUGGGGAGAACUAAUCCCAAAGUAAAUGAGGAACUGAAGGAAAGAUUGCCUGCCACAAAAAAGCACCAUUGUGAAGACAUAAAAAAACAAUCCAGUAAGCUUGAGACCAGUUUCCAAAAGUUGGAGGCGAUCUCUAAACCACUGCCAGAGCAAACAAAAUCCAGAGCAGAAAUGGAGAAUUUGUUCAAAGAGAGGAAGCAUUUACAAAACUUUGUUGAAAAAGAAGAUAGAGUUGGGUUGGAAGACUUGGAAAGUACAGCGGGCAAAGGCACAACGUCUCAGGACGGAAGAAUAGAGACAACAGAAAACCCCCACUGUGGGACUGUUACUGACACAUGUGGGGGUGCGGAUCAGAGCUACAUAAUUCAGGAACAGGCCUGUAAAGAGGGUUCAGAACCUCAGACUUCUCACUCCAGUGAAACACUUGAAAUCAAGAACAAAACUGCCAGUAGCAUUGCUAGAACAUGCAGGACUGUCUCUUCUCAAGAGCUCCGAAUACUUCAUACUGGCCCUCAAACCCAGAAGGAAACUGCUGCUGCUUCUGGUUUUGGCGUACAUGAAAAUCAAGGUAACACCCUGACUAGUGGCUCCUUAACCCCUGAAAAAGCAACUCCUAUCCUAGAUAAGGACAAGAAUAUAGCUUUCCUCUUGAAAGAGUUGGACUCCGUGAGAGAUAUCAAUAAGAAGCUCCAGGACAGACUCUCAGGGAAAGAAAGAGAGCUGGAGACCAGAAAACUUGAUGUUGAGCUGCAGGACAAGGUGAUGGAGGCUCAUGCAGCUGAACAGGCUGCAGCUCUAGUUGAAGAAAUAUACCAUGCCCAGAGGGAACGAGACCAAGCAGUAAUGGCUAGACUAAGGCUGGCCAACGAGGAAAGAGAUGAAGCCCUUUUACGAGCCAAGCGGCUGGAGCAGGCAAUAGUGGAGCUGGAGAAUAUUAACCCUGAAGAAAAUGACAUGUCAUUGCAGGAAUUACUAAACAGAGUAAACAAUGCAGACUCCGGGUUGCUGAUCGAGAAGAGUGGAGCCGUGAUAGUGGACCGAAUACACAAGACUAGAGAGAGGAGAAAGAAGAUUACAGCUGAGGAGAUGAAUGCAGUGAUUGAGGAGAGGGAUGCCGCCAUAUCCAAAUGCAAACGCUUAGAGCAGGAGCUUCAUCAUCUGAAAGAGCAGAGCCAGACUUCGGCAAACAACAUGAGACAUCUGACUGCCGAAAACAAUCAGGAACGUGCUCUGAAGGCUCAGUUACUAUCCACCCAACAGGAGAGAGACAGCGCCCUGCAGCAAUCUAAAAAAUUAGAAGAUGAAAUCCAGACUCUUCGUGUUUAUUACAGUUUACACAAGUCUUUGUCACAAGAGGCCAGCUUGAAGGAGCAGUUUCAAAGCACUCUGAGCACCUAUGAAGACGCUCUCCACUCCAAAGAGGGUAUUGUGUCACUCGCCAACCUCCACAAUGACCAGCUCAUCACCCAGCUGCAGCUUGCCCUCUCGGAGCGUGCAAACAUGGAGGCCCAGCUCCAACAGUCCUUGGAGGCCCAAAAAGAGGCUAAUGAAAAAGUUCAAAAGUUGGAGCGGCUGGUAGAUGUGCUGAGGAAAAAGGUUGGAGCGGGGACUGUCAGGACGGUGAUCUGAUUGAAAGGUCGAGUCUAGGGAUGUGGUCACAUCUGGUGACCAGGCUGCUCCGUUUACCACUGUGUAAACAAUGAAGCCUUAACUCAGCAAACAGUUGUUAGAAGUGGUGCACUCAGACGACAUUCCAAGCAGAGAUCAAACUGAAUCAUAAAUGUUUAACCACUCUGCUGCUGGGUUGUGUUAUUUAAGCAAAUUUAUUUCCUUAAACAUUCGUUAUUUGAAUUGUAUUUCUUUAUUUAGCUCUGCCUAUUAUAAAGAACACGGUCUACUUAUUGUUUGUGGCCAGCUUUAAUGGAAACUUUUCCAUGUGCAGUUAUGAACUGUGUAUCACAAAUGGCCUUAAUUCAGACUGAUAACUAUAUUUCUUUGCUCACUUAACCCAUUUCGCUCCAUUUUUGGUAAGUCUUCUCCUGAGUUAUAACUAUGACCUUUUGGCUAGUGGAGAGCUUUAAAUUGUCCAGUGCAAACCAUAUUUGUCAAGCUAGGAAUGAUGUUCAUUGGGAAACUUGCAGAAUUCAUGUUGCCAUGUGUUUUUUUUGUUGUUUUUUUUUUUACAAAAAAUGCAUAUUUAAAAGAUUAAUCUGUUUCUAAAAUGUUAGUUCUAUAAUCUGCACUGCUCUUGGAACAUAGAAGAAAUAGUUGUAUAAACAGCUGUUUAGAUAAAGGGGAGUUAUGCCCAUCAGAGCUGAUACUGGUGCUGAGGGCACUUCUCUAGUUUGAAUGAGAGGGCAGUAAAGAUAGGACAGGGUUCUACUGUAAUUGUUAUGUUUUUAUUGUUAUACUACAGAUAGAUACUUUCCCAUUAAAGUGAGCUAUGCCAUAUAAUUCUGUCAAAUUGAUAUUGACAAAUAUUAUUAUUUUCUACAGACAAGUGCAUAUAUGUUAUUGGAUCAGACCUAACUGGGCCAAAAUAUAGAGCUUCACGCACUUUUGAUAAACUUAAU